AUGACAACAAACAAUGGCAACAGCAGCAGCAGCAGUCGGCCGCAGCAGACUUUGUUUCAAAUUUUCCAUACGCGAUUCUGGAGAUACACCUACGAUCGAGCUUAUGUUGUCCAUAUCAACAUUAUCAUCAUGACCAUUGUCAUCGUCCUCACUGCAGCACCAACAGCAAAGGUUGAUUUAUAUCGAAUCACAUGGUCUAAAAGAUUCGUUCUGGACAUUAUGGAAUUUUUGAAGAAUCCUGAGUUAGAGCUAUUCGGCAGCAUCAUCGGCAAUCAUGCCAUCGAGCUACGAAUGUAUAACCAUAUCACGGAUGCUGAUGUACGACAGUUCUCCCAGCAACAACAGCAGCAGUAA